AUUUGUCUGCAUCAUUUUCAUGCGAGUUUUGGUGCAGAGGAGGGUAUCCUUGCCCUUCCGUCAAACGAUUUGUCUGCGAUCAACAAGUGUUUCCCUCUCGACUCAUCUCGCAAGUAUUUCCUUGAUACCUCUGCCUGUAUCAGUUCCUCUUCGGUCUUCAUAGCUGAGCCUGAGCUCACAUGGAUUCACUCAAUGCCGAAAGCUCGGUGAAGAUUUCUGAUUUUGACUGCAAAUGCCUUACUGGGUUGAAACCAAUAGAUGGGUCCGACCACAGUUCGAGCAGCUGCCGGGUGAAAAUCACUGCCAGUGAGCACAGGCCGUUCGAUUUUUGGCGCAUUCUAUUUGAGGGAUUUGUUGCUGGAGGUGCUGCUGGAGUUGUUGUUGAAGCGGCAUUAUACCCGAUUGACACCAUUAAGACUAGACUUCAGGCGGCUCGUGGCGGAGGAAGAAUCGUAUUAAAAGGCUUGUACACUGGCUUGGGUGGAAAUCUUGCUGGCGUGUUACCGGCUUCUGCCUUAUUUCUUGGUGUAUAUGAACCCACAAAGCAGAAACUGUUAGACAUCCUUCCAGAAAAUCUCAGUGCUAUCGCUCAUUUGACUGCAGGUGCUCUGGGAGGGGCCGCAUCUUCACUUGUCCGUGUACCCACCGAGGUGGUUAAACAGAGAAUGCAGAUUGGUCAUUUUAAUUCAGCUCCUAAUGCUGUCCGCCUCAUCAUCGCUAAUGAGGGUUUUAGGGGCCUCUACGCGGGAUAUGGAUCCUUUCUAUUGCGAGAUUUGCCAUUUGAUGCCAUCCAGUUUUGCAUAUAUGAGCAGCUCCGAAUAGGCUACAAGCUUGCGGCUCAGAGGGAUUUGAAAGAUGCUGAAAAUGCCAUUAUCGGAGCUUUUGCUGGUGCAAUCACAGGAGCCAUUACAACUCCUCUUGAUGUCAUAAAGACUAGAUUAAUGAUUCAGGGACCCAAGAACCAGUAUCGAGGAAUCUUCAAUUGUGUUAGAACAAUCAUGAGGGAAGAAGGAAGUUCAGCUCUCAUGAAGGGAGUUGGUCCGAGAGUGCUGUGGAUAGGGAUUGGAGGAUCCAUAUUUUUCAGCGUUCUCGAGAGGACAAAGCAGAUAGUUGCAGAAAGGCGCACCGAAUCCCCUUUCAAGAGAGUGUAGCAUAAGCAAAUUCAUUGGCAGGCAAAAUUUGGAACCCACUGAAAGGCAUCGUUACUUCUGCUGUAAGAUUGGUGAACUCUGGAUUAUUUAUUUAUUUUUAUUUUUUUGCCGGUGGACUGUUAUUAAUCGAGCGCUGAAAAGGUUGGGUCAAUUCAUCGGAAAUAAAGUAAAUUCAUUUUGUGGACUUCGAACAUUAACUACAUGAUGUAUAAAACAUCAUAUCCUGAAAUUAUUAUUUGGGUCCAUUACAUGUUAA